AUGCAAGUGCGCAAGCGUGCUCGCGCUUCGGCAACGGCGCCCGAGCAGCACGGCGGCCGUCCGCACUCGUCAACUGCGCCAUCUGGUCCCGCCAGCUCUGGUUUGCAGUCCCUCUUCAUUGUGUUGGUAACGAUCCGCAUUCUCAAUGCGCUGUGCACGCGCACCUUCUUCCAGCCCGACGAACACUACCAGACCACCGAGAUCGCACACCGCAUCGUCUUUGGCUACGGAUUCAAGAGCUGGGAGUGGCACGGCGCAAGUCACGCCCUGCCGCGCCCAGCACAGUCGUAUGCAGGCGCCGCCGUCGAGAAUCUGCUCCAAGGACCCAUCCGUUGCAUCCUGCAUCCGCUGCUCUUUGUGCCCGGCUAUGCGCUCCUCCGUCUCGCGCGCCUCGACCACACUCCUCUCCUCGUGGCUCUGCCGCGCUGCCAGCAGGCGCUCGUGGCUGCGCUCGGCGACUUCUACACCUUCAGACUGGCCCACCGAGUCGGAGGCCCGCGCUUGGCGUGGUUUGCGAUGCUCGUCAGCCUGUCCAACGUCUAUACCCUCUACACGGCUACGCGCACAUUUAGCAACUCGACCGAAGCCGCGCUCACCGCCGCUGCGCUCUUCUACUGGCCCUUUGUGCCUUUCUUCUCCCGCCGCUUCGAUGCUUGGACGUUCUCGAGCCCGCAGGAACAAGCCCGCUUGCUUGAGCUCCAAGGCCCAGGCUGCGAGUGGCGCCAAAUGCUUGCCGGCGCUCCUUUCAAGCAGGAGCAGGAUGCAAGCGUGCCCGUCGACCCAUCCACACGGUCCGAUCGGGACUUGGACGUCAAGCAAGUAUGCCGCAUCAUUUACGAUCGCUCGCUCCGCAAGAGCCUCUGUCUGGCCGCAUUCGCCUGCCUUCUCCGCCCCACCAAUGGCGUCCUGUGGAUCGUGCUCGUGUCAGAGCUCUUUGUGCGUCAACUUCAUUGCCUUCGUUCCCGACCGCCAUCAGAGGCUACACCUGCAAAAGGUGCACGCCAGACACGUGCAGCUGUGGCCGACAAUCAAGACGGCUCGCUGGUGCCCGUGCUAGAGAUCGUCGGCGAGGCUGCCAGUCUGGCCAGCACGGUGGCCAAAAUCGCCUCGAUCACGCUGGUGAUGGCCUUGACAGUGGAUACGGCCUACGACUACCUCUCGCACCAGCGCAGCCGCCCAGGACCUCCGCUGCCGGCGCUCAGCCUGGUCUCGUUUGUGCACAAAAACGUCUUCGCCAACCUGAGCCUCUUCUACGGCGCCAAUCCCUGGCACUGGUUCCUCAGCCAGGGACUGCCCGUGCUCUGCAUGAUCUGGCUUCCGGCCACGCUCUUUGGCUUGGUCGAUGCGCUUCAAAGCAAAGCUGCAAGCCUAGGCUCAGGCAUCCAGCGCUCGCUCGCACGUCUCGUCCUGCUCACCGUGGCUGGCUACUCGCUGCUCGGCCACAAGGAAUUUCGAUUCUUGCAACCGCUCUUGCCGGCCCUUGCCAUCUUGGCUGCCUCCGGCCUCGUCACAUCUUACGCAACUCGCAGCGACGCGCAGGACCAUCCGAUAGACACCGCGGGCGCUCCAAAGCAGAUCUGGCGCGCACUCAACAUGCUCCCGCUGUGGCUGCGCGCAGUGGUGCUUACGCUGCAGCCCGUCCUCUCCAUCUACCUCAACACGAUUCACGGCGUCGGGCAGGAACAGGCACCUUACGAGCUCGGAAGGAUAUACCGCUCGCAGCGCGCCGAGCUCGCCCGGAAUGCAAGCGCCAUUCCGCUCGCCGAGCCCGCCGAGUUUGCACCUGGACUCGGACGCAUCCAUAACCUGGGCUUCCUCAUGCCAUGCCACUCGACGCCGUGGGCGACGCAUCUGCACGACCGCGAGCUCGUGGAGCGCAGCUGGUUCGUCCAGUGCCCGCCUCCUCCUGCAUCAUCCGGCAUGACGCCCGCGCAGCGCCGCACAAAGUACUGGGAUCAGAGCGACUUUUUCUACGACGACCCCAUCAAGUACCUCGUCGAGCGUCUGCCGUACAACGUGGACACCGCCUUCCCGCCUCCGCCUCCCGCGCCCGAGCGCGACAGGACGCACGCGUGGGACCUGGGAUGGCGUCACUCGUGGCCGAGCCACCUAGUGGUGUUCGAGAGCCUGCUCAGCGAAGGCACGCGCAAGGCCGGUCACACGCGCACGUUGCAGAACGUGCUCAGCUUGAAAGGAUACCGCGAGGUGGCGCGGUACUGGAACACGCCUAAGCAUGAAGACUCAAGACGCGACGGAGACAUUGUCGUGUUGGAGUACAAGGGACCAAAGACUCGGCCCGCACAGCCCAUCUAG